AUGACUGGCGUUGGAGACACGGUCCCGCCGUGGCUCGCCGCACACCCGGCCUACCACGGCUAUCUGCCGCGCGAAGACGUGCCGACGCUGUUGUCGAAGGACGGCUCGUAUCUAGUGCGGGUCACACAGGUUUCGGAAGAAGGUGGGGUGACGCAUACUUCGUAUGUCAUCUCCUACCACCUGACGAAGGGCCAAUGGGCCGAGGCGCAGAGCCAGCAAGAGGGCAAGGGCUUAGCCGGUGGCGGUAGUGGCAGAUCGACGGGCACGCCUGCUGAAGAGAAUAUGAUCCGUCAUAUUGCCGUCAAAGAAUCGAACGGGCUGUACACAAUCAAUGAGAAGAACCUGUUCACCUCGAUCAAGGAGUUGAUCACACAUCACGCCGGCCACGAGGAAAUGAUCGGCGGCAGCGGGCUGAAGUACAAAUGCCGGCUGGAGACCCCGAUGCAACGCCAAGGCUGGGAGAUCCAGCACGACGACAUCAAGAUCGAAGAGAAGCUCGGCGAGGUGGGUCAAUUUGGACUGGUGAUGCGCGGCGAGCUGCGGCGCCCUUCGGGCAAAUGGGUGCCGGUGGCGCUGAAGCAGACGAAGGACGACUGUGCCGCCUCCAAGCAGAAGCGCAAGGAGAUUAUGGCCGAGUGCCGGCUGAUGCGAGGCCUCGUCCAUCCGAACGUGGUGCGCUUCUACGGCGUGGCGGUGGCAAAGCAGCCAAUCUACAUCGUGCUCGAGCUUGUGCCUGGCCUCGAUCUGCACAACUACCUCCUCCACAACCGCGGCAAGGUCAACAAGAGCCAGCGCCACGGAUUUGUGGCCGGGGUGGCGUUCGGCAUCGAGUACAUCCAUUCGCAGGGCAUCAUCCAUCGCGAUCUGGCCGCUCGGAAUUGCCUCGUCGACACGGCGAAGAAUAUGGUAAAGAUCAGCGACUUUGGCAUGUCCAUCCGGGCCAGCGAGUACGAGCUGACGCGACGCAAGAAGGGCGGCGACGUCAAGCUGCCGCUGCGCUGGUUGGCCCCCGAGUGCAUCAUUGAGUUGCGCUACACGCAGAAGACGGACGUGUGGGCAUUUGGGCUGAUCGUGCUCGAGAUUUACGCCGAGGGCAAGCAGCCGUACGACGGCAAGCGCAACGAGCAGGUCAAGGAGUUGCUGAACAACGGCGUGAAGCCGCAGCUCCCGAAGGCGGCCGGGAAGAAGCUGCACGAGUACAUGGACAACCACGUCUUUGCCAGCGUCGAGAAGCGCGCCCUGAUGCCCGACGUGUGCAAUUUUGUCGUCGAAUGGAGCGGAAUUCAGCGCCCGAAGAUCGAGGAGGAGGAAGAGGAAGGGACC